CAACCCUAGAACCAGAGCGAAAAGUCAAAAUGAAAGUCAGCACCGCUGUUCCUCUGCUGUUCCUGACGCAGGCUCUCGCAGCCUCAUCUCAGCAACCAUCUGGGCCAUCUACGACAACCGCCUCAGUCCCGAACCCAACUGCGUGUGGCGAGAUUGUGAACGGAGGUCCAGAAACCCUUCAGAUACUGAACGCGACGCAAGCCUAUGAUUGCCUAAGGAGCGUUCCCUUUAACCCGGCGGUUGCGAGACAGCUUCUCCAGUACAUGAACGACACAAUCCAAUUCCAGAGCACCCUCGCCUACCUCGCAGAGCCUCCUCGCGGAUAUCAGCAGCCAGCUGUCGAUCUACUCGCUGGGCUGGAUCAGAUACAGCGCGGUAUUAAUGAUGGCAUGUUCACUAAUGAGCAUGAUUUUGAGAAUGCCCUGUAUAGACUCCUCACUGCUGCCCAUGAUGACCAUCUCACGGCCACCGGAGGUAUCCUCUCGACGUUUGUCUACGGAGCCCCGUGGGAUAUUGUGUCUGUAUCCGUGGAUGGAAUAGAGCCGCCAAAGGUCUAUAUCGCAGAUGACCUGUUGGCCAACGAGUCGCACGCUCUAGCCUGGCAACCCUCGGCGAUUUCCGUGAUUAACGGUCAGGACGUGGUCGAUUACCUGGCGGAAUUUGCAGCUCAGAAUUCCAUCGGCAAGCUCGAGCCGCACGCGGACUGGAAUAUGUUGAUGAGAAGCGGCGCCUUGGAGACUCAGGGGCUCCUGGAAGUCUUCUUUGGAGGUGCUACUGUCUAUCCUGGUGAUACAAUUACCUUGACCUUUGAGAACGGCACCGUGGUAGGGCCGGAACCAUGGCAGGCUAUCUAUCUGAGUCCCGGCGACACAGGCCCCCUUCAAACAGGAGGAGACUUCUACAAUUUCUUUGUCCUGGGCCUCUACCCUGCAUCUUACGUCUCAGAGGAGGACUCGACGGGACGCCUAGAGGGCAAAGCUACAUCAACUACGCCCAUUCGCACUCCUUUGCCUACUCCCUCUCCUUCCACAUCGGUCUCGACUACAGCGCCGUCAUUCGACGCAGCAUAUCCGACUCCUGAGCCGAUAUUUCCAGGCCGGGAGCCUGACGACACGACACUGCCACGAGUGUUCUUUUUGCACGACUCUUCCGUGGCUGUUCUGAGUAUCACGGACUUUGCGGCAUAUGACGACUCCACCCAGGAGUUUCUGCGCACAGUCAAGGCUUUCCUUCGACGCAGUAAGGAAGCAGGCCUGAAGAAGGUCGUCAUCGACGUGCAGCAGAACCGCGGUGGACAGGUCUUUCUGGCAAUCGAAACAUUCAAGCUAUUCUUUCCUACUAUCGAACCCUUUGCAGGAAGCCGCAGACGUGCCCAUAGAAUGGCUGAUGUCCUAGGCGAUUCCUUCACGUCCUUCUGGGACGACCUCCCGCCUAAUCGUACCCAAGAGCGUAGAUUUCUCUCUACGAAUGAGUGGGUGAUACAGAAUCGACUAGACCGGGAGACGGGGGACGAGUUCGUCUCAUGGGAGGACUAUUCUCGAUCAACUGCAGCUUACGGUGGUGAUAACUUCACACGGGUCGAACAAUAUGAUCAAACAGACAGCGCAUUCAUUCACGAAGCAAGUGGCAUUGAUAUAGAAAGCUUGGAUGCUUUUGAUAGUCCACCAUAUGCAGCCAAGGAUAUUAUCAUUUUGAGCGACGGACUAUGCUCGUCUACCUGUGCUAUAUUCAUGGAGCUGAUGCACCACGAAGCCCAUGUGCGAACUAUAGCCGUGGGAGGCAGGCCAGACUACACUCCCAUGCAGGCUCCAGCAGGAACACGCGGAGCAGCAUCUUAUAAUGUCCGACAGAUGGAUCUUGAUAUAUACAAUGCGCUGCUAAUUAAUAAUGAAACCUCCCCUUUCCUCCCAGACCGCACACUCGACUUCUAUCUUUAUUCCGCCAGUGUCAACCUCCGAGACCAGAUUCGCCGCGACGACCCGUCCAACACGCCGCUGCAGUUUAAAUACGAGGCCGCAGACUGCAGGAUCUUCUUCACCCCCAAGACGUGGUACAACUAUACCAACCUUUGGAACUAUGCAGCAGAGGCCGCGUGGCACAAUCCCGAGCUUUGCAUUGCAAAGGCAACAAGCAACCACACGAGGCCGCCCCCAACUCCCUACCAGGUGGAAACCACUCGUCCCAGCAGCCCUACACAACAAUCGAACCAGGAACAAGACUCCGACCAGGACGACUACUACACCAACGACCCCGCGAACGACAUUCUGGCAUUUCCGGGGCCAAUCAGGGGUGUCGACGGCAGGAGAUGCUCAGAAUACAGGAAAUGCGAUGCUGGUUUCGUCUGCAAAAUGGGGCCCGUGUGCGAUAAGAAAGGCCGUGUGAAGUACCAAAGACAAUGCGUUGCCAGAUGCUCCAGCAUCGGCGGCCAAGAGAAACACUCGUCCUGCCACAGAGGCUCGUGUAAGUUUGACAAGUCGAGUUUUCGGCAGGCUCCGAGGGUCAAUCGCAAUUGGGGGUCCAAAACGGGCUACUGUGUCCCUCCCUGGCCUCUCUGUCGUCCCCAAGAUGAGGCUGAUGAUAAGGAUCUCGAUGGCUCGUCCGUCCCUAAUAUUGUCACUGACCUCACGGGUGUUGUCGACGACGACGACGACGACGACUACGAAUAUGAAUCUGGUACAUGCAUGGCGAAUCUGCCGGAGAAGUAUUUUUUUGACUGCUUUUUCUACUAUGGGAGGGUCCAGAAGUGCUAUUCAUGGGGUGAAGAUAAAAUUCGGUACUGUACCAAUGAGCAGCUCGACGAGCUGGAGGGAGAAUGGCCCAAUUUCGAGUAUGAUAUCACUUCAGAUGGUAUACGCAGUUCUUGGGAAGAAAGUCCGUCCAACCUAGGUGGUUAUAUUAAUCGCCAUAAGGAUGACGAGUCUCAGUGGCUGGAAGCAUGGGGCUAUUUAUUCUAACCUAGCUAUUCGAAUCGGCUUUGGGUAUUAUUUGAGUACUCACCACGAAGAUAAUUUGUAUUCUUUUCUCGCCUCUGGGGAUUGGUCGUGUCUGCCUAUAUGGCCAGGAGGGGGCUCUCUCAUUUUGUUCAUUUCAGGGCAUUUCCACCAGAGUUGUUUUCUAUGCCGUAUUUUUACAGGCCCCAGCAUUAAUGUGAUGAAGUAUAGAGCUAGCUGGAUAGAGUAAUCCAUUAAUCGUUUUGUACAGUGUU